CCGCGGGAGGGAGCGAGCGGCGGGCGGGCGGGCAGGCGGCCGACGGCGACAGCGGCGGGGCGGCCGGCGGUCCUGCGCGCUCGCGGCGUCUCCAUGGGGCCGGCCCGCGGCGCCGGCGCGCUCUAGAACAUUUCCACUGCUGCUCCGAGGGCAACGUAUCUUCAGCAGGACUUGGAAUUUCUGGAGAAUUGCCUUUGUGAAAAGCUGGCAAUACUUCCUUUGAAUUCCAUCUCUUAGUUUUCCACUUGCGUUUCAGAGGAGCAUCAAGGAACCAUGAACAACUUUAGUAAUGGAGAGUUUGACUGCCAUUUUCUCGAUGAAGGCUUUACUGCCAAGGACAUUCUGGACCAAAAAAUUAAUGAAGUUUCUUCUUCUGAUGAUAAGGAUGCCUUCUAUGUUGCGGACCUGGGAGACAUUCUAAAGAAGCACCUGAGGUGGUUAAAAGCUCUUCCUCGGGUCACCCCCUUCUAUGCAGUCAAGUGCAAUGACAGCAGAACCAUCGUGAAGACGCUGGCUGCCAUCGGGACCGGGUUUGACUGUGCCAGCAAGACUGAAAUACAACUGGUGCAGAGUCUCGGGGUGCCUCCGGAGAGGAUUAUCUACGCAAAUCCUUGUAAACAAGUGUCCCAGAUUAAGUAUGCUGCCAAUAACGGAGUCCAGAUGAUGACUUUUGAUAGUGAGGUCGAGUUGAUGAAAGUUGCCCGGGCACAUCCAAAGGCAAAGUUGGUUUUGCGGAUUGCUACCGAUGAUUCCAAAGCAGUCUGUCGCCUCAGUGUUAAAUUUGGUGCCACACUCAAAACCAGCAGGCUUCUUUUGGAACGGGCGAAAGAGCUAAAUAUUGACGUCAUUGGUGUCAGCUUCCAUGUGGGAAGUGGCUGCACUGACCCGGAGACCUUCGUGCAGGCCAUCUCUGAUGCCCGCUGUGUCUUUGACAUGGGGGCUGAGAUUGGUUUCAACAUGUAUCUGCUUGAUAUUGGUGGUGGCUUUCCUGGAUCUGAGGAUGUAAAGCUUAAAUUUGAAGAGGUCACCAGUGUGAUCAACCCAGCGCUGGAUAAAUAUUUUCCGUCAGACUCGGGAGUGAGAGUCAUAGCUGAGCCAGGCAGAUACUACGUUGCAUCAGCUUUCACGCUCGCAGUUAAUAUCAUUGCGAAAAAACUCGUAUUAAAGGAACAAACAGGAUCUGAUGAUGAAGAUGAGUCGAGUGAACAGACCUUUAUGUAUUACGUGAACGAUGGAGUAUAUGGAUCAUUUAAUUGCAUCCUUUAUGAUCAUGCACACGUGAAGCCUCUUCUGCAAAAGAGACCCAAACCAGAUGAGAAGUAUUAUUCAUCCAGCAUAUGGGGACCGACGUGUGACGGCCUCGAUCGCAUUGUUGAGCGCUGUAACUUGCCCGAAAUGCAGGUGGGCGAUUGGAUGCUCUUUGAAAACAUGGGCGCUUAUACUGUUGCUGCUGCUUCGACUUUCAAUGGAUUCCAGAGGCCAACUAUCUACUAUGUCAUGUCAGGGCCAACAUGGCAACUGAUGCAGCAAAUCCAGAACCACGACUUCCCGCCUGAAGUGGAGGAGCAGGACGUCAGCACUCUGCCUGUGUCCUGUGCUUGGGAGAGUGGGAUGAAGCGGCACCCAGCAGCCUGUGCUUCGGCCAGCAUUAACGUGUAGAUACCAUUCUUGGAGCUGUUAACUGCGAGUUUAGCUUGAAGUAGGGGUUUGGGGGGACCAUUGAACUUAAUUCCCAGUAGUUUUGAAAUGUCUUUGUAAGUAGGGUUGGCACAGAUGCAACAAUAUGGAAGACUAGGAAAUGGGGUCACACUUAUCUGUGUUCCUAUGGAAACUAUUUGAAUAUUUGUUUUAUAUGGAUUUUUAUUCACUUUUCAAACACGCUACUAAAGAGUGCCCCUCAGCUGCCAAGCAAGCGUUUGUAGCUUGUACAUUGGCAGAAGGAGCCAAAAGCUUAGUGUGGUGACCUGUUUUAAAAAUAAAGUAUCUUGAAAUAAUUGGGCAUUGGGAAAUUUUUAGUGUGUCCAUUCCAGACAGCUUACCUUGAAUGUGUUUUACAAAUAGGACUUGAUCUUUUUUCCUACAGGCUGAGGAAAUUGUCCCAAAGGGCUUCAAAAUAUUUUCAAAAUUUUGAAAAUCCAUGGAAAUGCCUUCUUCCUGUUUGGCAUUUUUAAUUCAAAUGCAUGAGUCCUGUAUAAAGUUUGCUGUGGAUUCUUACCAAUAGUAGAUGUAGCCCACAUGCAGGUAGGAGGAGAAGGAUGGAUGAGACAGCGUCCAGACCCUCUGCUGCCAGCUCAGCCCACCCGAAUGUCUGCAGAGGUGGCUGUGAACUUGGAAUGCCCACAGAGAGCCCCUUGUUCACUGAGCUGUUCCUGUCAACGGCCAGUGCCCAGGGAAGAAGGCACACGAGGCCCUCUGAUUCUUGCCCACAGAGGCCAGAGCCAUUGCCUCUGCAGCUUGCCUUCGCUGCCAGGAUGAGUCGCGUGGUUCCGAACAAGUCAGGAAAGGUGCACAUUUGGCAGCCACCUGAUUGUAAUAAAUCUCGAUGAUGAUUGUA